CCCGCGCUGCUGCUCCUGCUCGGCUAACGGGCUCCCACCCUGCGAGCUCCGCGUCGCGUCCGCGCGUCCGUCUCCCAGUCCGCUACAGGAAGCCUCCGCCGCGCGUGUUAUCUGCUGCAGAACCUGAUACCAUGGCCAAACCAGCACAGGGCACCAAGUACCGGGGCUCCAUUCAUGACUUUCCAGACUUUGACCCCAGCCGGGACGCCGAGGCUCUGUACACGGCCAUGAAGGGCUUUGGCAGUGACAAGGAGGCCAUAUUGGAGCUAAUCACUUCUCGGAGCAACAGGCAGAGGCAAGAGAUCUGCCAGAGCUACAAGUCCCUCUAUGGCAAGGACCUCAUUGCUGACUUGAAGUAUGAGCUGACGGGGAAGUUUGAACGACUGAUUGUGGGUCUCAUGAGGCCACUUGCCUAUUGCGAUGCCAAAGAAAUUAAAGAUGCCAUCUCGGGCAUCGGCACUGACGAGAAGUGCCUCAUUGAGAUCUUGGCUUCUCGGACCAAUGAGCAGAUCCACCAGCUGGUGGCAGCAUACAAAGAUGCCUAUGAGCGAGACCUGGAGGCUGACAUCCUUGGCGACACCUCUGGCCACUUCCAGAAGAUGCUCGUGGUCCUGCUCCAGGGAACCAGGGAGGCGGACGAUGUGGUGAGCGAGGAUUUGGUGCAACAGGAUGUCCAGGACCUGUACGAGGCAGGGGAACUGAAAUGGGGAACAGAUGAAGCCCAGUUCAUUUACAUUUUGGGAAAUCGCAGCAAGCAGCAUCUUCGUUUGGUGUUUGAUGAGUAUCUAAAGACCACGGGGAAGCCGAUUGAAGCCAGCAUCCGAGGGGAGCUGUCCGGGGACUUUGAGAAGCUGAUGCUGGCUGUGGUGAAGUGUAUCCGGAGCACCCCAGAGUAUUUUGCUGAAAGGCUAUUCAAGGCCAUGAAGGGCCUGGGGACCCGGGACAACACCCUGAUCCGCAUCAUGGUCUCCCGUAGUGAGUUAGACAUGCUGGACAUUCGGGAGAUAUUCCGGACCAAGUACGAAAAGUCCCUGUAUAGCAUGAUCAAGAACGAUACCUCUGGCGAGUACAAGAGGGCUCUGCUGAAGCUAUGUGGGGGUGACGAUGAUGCUGCUGGCCAGUUCUUCCCGGAGGCAGCGCAGGUGGCCUAUCAGAUGUGGGAGCUUAGUGCAGUGGCCCGAGUAGAGCUGAAGGGAACUGUGCGUCCAGCCGAUAACUUCAGCCCUGAUGCAGAUGCCAAAGCGCUGCGGAAGGCCAUGAAGGGACUUGGAACUGAUGAGGACACCAUCAUCGACAUCAUCACGCACCGCAGCAACGCCCAGCGGCAGCAGAUCCGCCAGACCUUCAAGUCACACUUUGGCCGGGACUUGAUGGCUGACCUGAAGUCGGAGAUCUCUGGAGACCUGGCGAGGCUGAUUCUGGGGCUCAUGAUGCCACCGGCCCAUUACGAUGCCAAGCAGUUGAAGAAGGCCAUGGAGGGAGCUGGCACAGAUGAAAAGGCUCUCAUCGAAAUCCUCGCUACUCGGACCAAUGCGGAAAUCCGGGCCAUCUGUGAGGCCUAUAAGGAAGACUAUCACAAGUCCCUUGAGGAUGCUCUGAGCUCAGAUACGUCUGGACACUUCAAGAGGAUCCUCAUCUCUCUGGCCACGGGGAACCGUGAGGAGGGAGGAGAAGACCGGGACCAGGCCCGGGAAGAUGCCCAGGAGAUAGCAGACACACCCAGUGGAGACAAAACUUCCCUGGAGACACGUUUCAUGACGAUCCUGUGCACACGUAGCUAUCAGCAUCUCCGGAGAGUCUUCCAGGAGUUUGUCAAGAUGACCAACUACGACGUGGAGCACACCAUCAAGAAGGAGAUGUCAGGGGAUGUCAGGGACGUGUUUGUGGCCAUUGUUCAAAGUGUCAAGAACAAGCCUCUCUUCUUUGCCGACAAACUGUACAAAUCCAUGAAGGGUGCUGGCACAGAUGAGAAGACCCUCACCAGGAUCAUGAUCUCCCGGAGUGAGAUUGACCUGCUCAACAUCCGGCGGGAGUUCAUCGAGAAAUACGACAAGUCUCUCCACCAAGCCAUUGAAGGUGACACCUCUGGAGACUUCCUGAAGGCCCUGCUGGCUAUCUGUGGAGGCGAGGACUAGGGCGACCAGCUUUGGCCGGCACCUGUGCCGAGAAAUGGUCAGCAGCACCAGCCGCCAUGACCGAGCCUAACUGCUCCAGCUCCAGAGACUAAGGAAGGGACAGGGGUGGGGGGAGGGGGUCAGGGGUGGGCUUUUGUCUUCAGCUGGGGUUUAGGAAAGGCUCCCACUCCCACAGGCCACUGAAGGCCCAGCACGGUCACUUCUGCUCACAUGUGAGCAACUGAAGAGCCGUAGCCACAAAUCCCGUCCACCUCCACUCCCCAUCUUCCUCUUCAGCCCUUCCCAGCUUCCAUCCCUUACGGCAGCCCUUGCCCUGCUUUGGGCUUUGUCAAAUCCAAAAACAUACUGAGCCUCUGUCUGUGAAAUGAGUGAAGCGUGUGCUUUGAAUGGCAGCGUGUGGUGGCAGGUGCCGAUUAAGUGUCCUGGGGGAGAGAAGGGUCGGGUCAAUGCCUUCCAGCCAAUUGCCAGUCCCCCCACUGUUUCACCACUUGCCCCCAUCCAGAGAGAUGGAACCGGGAGUCUGGCUACCUGGGUUCAAAUUUGCAUCUGCCACGUGUAUGCAUUCUAGCUUCAGGCCAACCUCUGUCCCUGCCUGAGUCUCUACUCUCUUAUCUACAAAGUAGGAGAGUUGGAUGAAAGGAUGUUGGCUUUCUCUAACAUUGACAGUGUAAGAUGUGCCCCCAAGUCAUUCCCUUUCCACUUUCCUCUCUAACUAGAAACAGACAUACAGACACAUAAACAUAUUUCCCACGGGGUCUGUGUUUUUGACCUAGACCUGCCGCUGGAUUGUCCUUGUGACAGCCUGAGGUAUUCACCCACCCAGGAGUAAGUUCUACCCUCAUGCUCUUGACUGGGAAUCCGAGUGAGAGUCUGAGCUAACAUCUAGCCUGGAAAGGCUGCCUCAGUCCCCACCAGGUCUCAGAUACUCCCUCCUCCCUCUGCUGCCUGGACGUGUCUCUGUGCAUUCUUCAUUCAUUACAACCAAACCAAAACUUCCUCUUUUGAGCUCUUCAGGGGCACCAGAUGUGAUCGUGAUCUGGGGAGGCCCGCGGAAAGUUUCUACUUUGUGAAGAUCACUGAUAAGCAGCAGCUUCUCCGUCUCCCUUCCAUCGGAUGUGUUUCUGCUCUGAGACUUGGGUCUGAAGUUGUCUGGUGACGGUGACAGAGGUGCGAGGGCGCCUGCUGACUGGGGGGCCCUGCUCCCUAUCCUGACUGGCCUGACCUACUUUGACAAAUCAAGUGUGUCUGCUAUAGUAGCUGUGCAGGGAGCACGGGGUUUGGGAAACUUGAGUGACCUUGGGCCCGCCACUGCCCUUACUGGGCCUCAGUUUCUACGUUUGUACAGUGAGGGGUUGGAUCCAACAAUUUUUUUUUAAAUUUUUUUAAAUGUUUAUUUGUUUUUGAGAGAGAGAGACAGAGCGUGAGCAGGGGAGGGGCAGAUUGGGAGACACAGAAUCCAAAGCAGGCUCCCGGCUCUGAGCUGUCAGCACAGAGCCCAACUUGGGGCUCGAACCCACAAACCAUGAGAUCAUGACCUGAGCCAAAGUCGGACGCUUAACUGACUCAGCCACCCAGGCGCCCCUGGACCCAGUGGUUUGAAAGAGUCCUAUCUUCAUCUCUGCCAUAAUGAGGCUGAAAGCAAGAUGGUUUAUCUUGUUCUGUCCUCCACUUUCUUCCCUCCACCAGGCUGGGAACCCACAUCCCAGGAGAGUCAGCUGAGAGCUUUUUUGGGUAUUUACCCAACUUACUGCAACUAUUAUCAAAAGACAAAUUAACAAAGUAGUUAAAAGCUGUGGAGUCAGGCCCUUGCCGCUAACUGACCGUGAGCAUCGCAUUUCUGAGCCUCAGUUUCCUCAUCUAGAGAACAGGGCGUCCAGUUCCACCCAUCUCUUAGCCUUUGAGGAGGAAAUGAGGUAAUGCAGGGAAGUACUCGGCAGGGGCCUGCCUUGCCCGGAGUCAGCUGUCGGGCACCACCUGCCCAGAGCCAGGCCCCGUUGUAGGAGGCUGGUAAGUGGAUCCCAAGAUGUUUUCUGAUUCUGCUAUCAAGUCAACUGCAGAUCACAGAGGCACCCAAAAACAAACAUGAAAGCACCUUAAAAACAUGUGCCGAGGGAAGAACAGUUCUGGGAGUGGCAAGGAACGAGUGAUGGAAUCGGAGGGAAUAGAAGGGGGAGGCCCUCUGAGGCCAAGGGGAACACACAAGCAGAGAGGCCAGGAAAGUCUCGAAUUCCCAGAAACCAGGAAUGAGGAUAGCUGAAACUGAUCACUCGCAAUGUACAAGCCUGUUGUAGUUCCUCAAGGUGCAAUUUUCACUUGCUUUUCAGUUAAGGUGGGUUGCAUUCUGGGAUUGGUCUCUAGUAGGAGGGAGACCCUUAGGGCUUGUGGGAUGAGGCAGACGGCAUUAGAAAUGGGAGUGUGCACCCAACUAUGGGGGAAUGUCAGGAUUUUAUGUUACACCACAGGGGAGCCUUUGGAGGUUCUUAGAGGGAAGGUAUGCAUCUAGCCACACACUUGAGAAAAACCAACCGUGUGAGGGAAGGGUGGCCAGUUGGAAGGCUAGUUGGACAGGUGCCUGCAGAGCAAAUCACAUUUUUUUUUCCCUUGGAGCUGUGGCAGAGGAGGCAGCAGCCACUAUUCAGAAUCCCUGCACUUCAUUCAUUCGUUCUUUCGUUCAUUCAUUCACUCUUGCAGCUUACACUUCUGGAAUGCCUCCUGUAUGCUGUGCCAUAUGUGGUGGAUACUAAAGAUAUCAAAACUUAA